UAAUUUAGAACUAAUCAAUCAUGAAGCCAUUACCUAGAUGCUAUUCUCUCAUCUCUACUCAUAGUAAAGUCCAACCGAAAUGAAAAACCAGGCAGGUUUUAAUUAUUCAUAACUCUUGUCUAAGCGCUUAAUCCAAGCUCACUUCCUGGUGAAAGACGACCUAGUACUGGGUGUAGGGCAGCCUUUUGUUAUACUGCCCAGCUUUGCUAAAGAAUGCCACAACAAUGAUGGCCUUUGUAUCAGGCACUUUAUGAGAGCCGACCCCCUGCUCAAGAUCAAGCUCAAGAGCCUUGUGUUUCUGAGACACAUCAGAGAGGCUGCCUGAUGGAAGGGGGCACACACUUAAUGAGAGUCAUACAAGAAAUGCAUUCAGAGAUCAAACAGCUGGAGAGAGAAAACAAGGCUUUGCGUGGGGAAAUAAAUCAGCUUGGCAGCAGGAUGGAUACUGAAAUAGAGAAUGGUAAUAACUUCAGCCAAGCACGUAAGGAAGAAGGUGCACCCAAAGGAGUCCUACGCAGAAAUGCUUCUGUUCCAUUAGCUCAGAAAUUACAGGAGCAAACAGGUACCACCAUGACCGUGCGAAGGUACUCAAUGUCAACAUCUCUUAUUUCUACCCCUGGUUAUUCUAAAUCAAGAGUAAAUAUGAAAAGAAAUGCCAGCACUGGAACACUGGAUGUGAAUGGCACGGUGCAGAAUGCAGGCUCUGACAAUGGGCAACUGCUGGCCACAAAGAAAGACAACAGAAUUAAUAUACCAGUAAAAGACCUCAUCCCAAAGUCAAGCUCUUUCCAGGGACAUAUGCGUAAAUGCAGGGGCAAAGUAAAGGCUGUUACAUUUCUGUUGCCAACGGAUAUGAAGAAAUACCAGGAAAGCCAAAAGACUUUGAAGGGCUCUGAAAAUCAGUGCAAAAAUCAUUUGAGCCCUAUCAUGGAAAAGGAUCUAUGAGCUGGUGAAUUUUUUUUAAGACCCAUCUGACUCAUUCCCAUGAGCCGAUAGCUUGGAAUAAGGUUACAUUUUUUACACAAUGCUCUGGACAAAACAAUUGCUCUGGGUCUCUGAACCAUUGUUAUUUGAAACCCAAAGCCAUUUUUAAAAAAAAUAAAAAGAACGAUGUUGUGAUCAUCCAUAUUGUUUUUCAAUGACUUAAAUAUCUCAUUUGCUGGUAUUUCUCUUGACUGUUUAAUUCAGUUGACCUUGCUACAUUCAUACAUUUACCUUGUGCAGAAUAACACCCUAAUGUUAUAACUUUGAAGCUCACCUAUAUGUAUAUAAUCCAGUGAUACAAAACAGCGAUGCCUUAUUUGUAUGUAACUUUGAUACAUCUGAUACACACCUGCCAAAUCUUGUUUGAGCUCAAAUAUGUUAACAAUAAACAAUAGUCUGAGAGCAAGUAGAGGCUCAACAGUAAUAACCA